AUGCGGCUCCUUACCCUCAUGUGUUUUGCUUCUCUGAUUGACAGAGUCAACAAACGUUUAUUUCCUGAAUUUCUUAUGCUCAGAAAUGAGCAGCGGAACAGAACCGCUUGGAGCCCUGCAGUAUACACACAUGCUGAGUGUGGCUUCCGACCAUCUUACGAGUCCUUUCUGGAGACCGGCAAGAGGAUCGCAGUGGGGAGAUAUGCCAAGGCUGGGGAAUUCCCGUGGCAUGUGAGGAUCCAGAGCAACUGGAAACAUCUCUGCGUAGGCACCAUCAUCAGCGUCUUGUGGAUAUUAGCUGUGGCCCUUUGCUUUGUGGAGGAAGUGCCACCAGAUCUCACUGUUGUGGCGGAGGGAACUGACCUCAACCUCCCGCUGGAAGAAUACAAGCCGGACAGCUUGAUCAUCCACGAAAACUUUGACAGAAAGAGCAUGCAAAAUGAUAUUUCUCUGAUCCUGUGCAACUCUCCCAUCAAGUUCAGCAAUGAGAAAAUCCCCAUCUGCUUGCCCUCCAUGCAUGACGUUGAUUCGUGGCAAGACUGCUGGGUUGCUGGGUGGGGAACCAAAAAUGCAGCAUCCUACAUGCUGCAGAAAGCGCGGAUGAAGCUCAUCAGCAAGGAGCAGUGCUUGGAGCGGAUCCCGCAGCUAGUGGAGAACGUGACGUGUGCUGAGCUGGAGAAAGGAAAAGAAGGCUCGUGCCAGGUGGACAGUGGGGGACCUCUGGUUUGCUGCUACUGGAACACCAUGAAGUGGUUUCCAGUCGGCAUCGUCAACUAGGGACAAAAUUGUGCAGAAAAGCCAAACCAUGAGAUCUUAGUAUCUGUUUACGACUACCGUAACCGGAUUGAGACUGAGACAGCCAUAGGAGGGAAGCCUUUCUUCAUUGAAGGCAUGGAUAACCCUGCUAGGGUGGCUCCUUCCGGGACUGAGACAGAGUUGAGAUUUCUGGAGAAUUGGCUCCUUUUAUUUACCUCUUCAAUAGCAAUUGGAUUACUGUAG